AACCAUCGCUCACUUUUGCUGUUGUUCAGAAAUGGCACCUCGUAAGGGCAAGGAGAAGAAGGAAGAGCAGGUCAUCAGCUUGGGUCCUCAGGUUGCUGAAGGAGAAAACGUCUUCGGCGUCUGCCAUAUCUUUGCUUCCUUCAAUGAUACUUUUGUCCAUGUGACUGAUCUCUCUGGCAAGGAAACUAUCUGCCGUGUGACUGGUGGCAUGAAGGUGAAGGCAGACAGAGAUGAGUCUUCUCCCUACGCAGCUAUGCUGGCAGCCCAGGACGUUGCCCAGCGGUGCAAGGAACUGGGCAUCACUGCCCUGCAUAUCAAGCUGCGUGCUACCGGUGGGAAUAGGACCAAAACUCCUGGACCUGGUGCCCAGUCAGCCCUGAGAGCUCUGGCCCGAUCUGGAAUGAAGAUCGGCCGCAUUGAGGAUGUCACCCCCAUCCCCUCUGACAGCACUCGCAGAAAGGGUGGUCGCCGUGGACGUCGUCUGUAAACAACGCUGCACCUUUCGUUAUUAAAGCUCUCUUUUAAACCUCU